AUGUUAAACUUGUCACAAGGCGGAGGUAACAUUUUUGGACUUGGAGGCAUUGGAGAUGACGGUGAUGGGAAGACGGUGCCCUCCAAGUUGGGGUCCAGGUGUGAGGAGCAAGAAGGACAUAUUGAAGUCUGUAUUCUGGUCCAAAGUGUUCACUCUCCCUCCACCGGCUCAUCUUUUCCCGGAGAUGUAAGUCCCUCAGAAACAGCACCAUCUUUCUCCUCCUCGCUCCCUCGCUCCUCAGUCAAAUCCCGCGAGAUUUGGAGUCUCCGUCCCUCCUCCCUCCUCCGGAGCAGCGCGGCCGCCGCUGCGCUCCCCGGGGGGGCUGGGACCAGCUCAGAGACGGCACCGUCCGCCUCCUCCGUCUCGCUGUCUCCUUCGUCGGUCCAAAGUGGCGAGUUUCCGAGCCUGGUCGUGCCAGCGCGCAGCCGCAGUCCGUCCCGCCGCCACUGCCGGUCCACGGCCGCCGCCGCGGCGCGGGAGCAGCCCACGAACACGGCCGUCUCAGACACGCUCAUCCCCAGCCGCCUGGCCACCACCACCUGGCCCUUGUCGAAGUCGCUCAGCUCCUCACACUCAGACAUGACAUCCAGCGGAGCAUCCGUGGACCCGCUCCCUUCAGUAACCGUGUGCUCGCCCGCAGCAGCGCUGCGUGUAGCGUGGCUCCGUCACACUAUCAAUAACCAAUCAAAGGGUCACGGGGUCUGCUGGAGCCUAUCCCAGCUCAUUACAGGUUAAUACUGGGUGUAUCCCAACCAAGGCAGUGCAGAGGAUGCUAUCACUGCAGCACGGACACUGGAGAGACCUGCAUCUCUGCCAACCCAUCAAACAUACCUCGUAAAGUGUGGUGGAGCUCCUCCAGGAACAAGCCUGUGUGGUUCGGAGCUGACAUCAACAGGGGGACACAAGUUAGCGGCCACUUUUCGAUGAUUUGUGAGAUGGGAAGAGACAGAUGCGCUGUGGACAUUAUGUAGCUGAAAGUAAAAUAAAGUGUGAGUCAUUACUGCACCCUGUUUUUGUUUCUAGUUCACCUAUGGCCACAAAGAUCAGCCAGUGAACUCUGCAACAGUGCAGAUGACCUUCUUCCGGCUGCUCUCUGAAGAGGCAAGAUCAUAAUCACUGGCUGUACCGACAUGACCAUGAGUUCCCUGCAGCCCUGACCUGACGAGAGGUAUUGUGUGGAGAAUCCUGAAAGGAUGUUUAUUCAACAUGACAUGGAUA